ACGGGGAGGAGCGCGGGUUCGGAGGGCGGUGCCGUGAGGCUCCGACACGCAGCGAGGCGCACGCGGCCCGCGCCCCCAGUCCGGCUGGGAUUGGCCCGCCGGUGGCUUCCCCGCCCCCAGCCCGUUGCUGGCGAGGACUUCCUGGGGGGUUUUUUGCCUUCCCUCCCGUUUCGGUCUAGAGGCCAGGGCUCGAGAUCCCGGAGCGCCCAGGGGUUGUCCGCGCAGGGAGGCCGCGCUGCGCACCGCCGUGAUGAGGCUCCGGAAAGCGUGCCUACUGGUCCUGCUGCUGGCGCUGGCGCAGCUGCUGGCCGCCGCGAGCGCCGGGGGGCCGGACGGAGAUUCUUCUAAUAAAGAAGAUGCCAUUGAGGAUGAAGAGGAGGAGGAGGAGGAAGAGGAGGAGGACGACGACGACUUGGAAGUCAAGGAAGAAAACGGUGUCCUGGUCUUGAAUGACGUGAACUUUGAUAACUUUGUGGCUGACCAAGACACGGUGCUGCUGGAGUUCUACGCUCCAUGGUGUGGACAUUGCAAGCAGUUUGCUCCAGAAUAUGAAAAAAUCGCCAGUGCCUUGAAGGAGAACGACCCUCCCAUUCCUGUGGCCAAGAUCGAUGCGACCUCAGAGUCGGCGCUGGCCGGCAGGUUUGAUGUGAGCGGCUACCCCACCAUCAAGAUCCUUAAGAAGGGGCAGGCUGUGGACUACGAGGGCUCCAGGACUCAGGAAGAAAUUGUCGCCAAGGUCAAAGAGAUCUCCCAGCCCAACUGGACGCCUCCGCCCGAAGUCACACUUGUGCUGACCAAAGAGAACUUCGAUGAAGUGGUGAAUGAUGCAGACAUCAUUCUGGUGGAGUUCUAUGCCCCAUGGUGUGGACACUGCAAGAAGCUGGCCCCCGAGUACGAGAAGGCCGCCAAGGAGCUGAGCAAGCGCUCCCCCCCAAUCCCCCUGGCCAAGGUCGACGCCACUGCUGAGACAGACCUGGCCAAGAGGUUCGAUGUGUCUGGCUAUCCCACCCUGAAAAUCUUCCGCAAGGGAAAGCCUUUUGAUUACAACGGCCCACGGGAAAAAUACGGUAUCGUCGACUACAUGAUCGAGCAGUCCGGGCCACCCUCCAAGGAGAUCGUGGCCCUGAAGCAGGUCCAGGAGUUCCUGAAGGACGGGGAUGACGUCAUCAUCAUCGGGGUCUUUAAAGCGGAGAGUGAGCCGGCCUACCAGCGGUACCAGGAUGCUGCGAACAACCUGAGAGAAGAUUAUAAAUUCCACCACACUUUCAGCACCGAAGUAGCAAAGUUCUUGAAAGUCUCCUCGGGGAAGUUGGUCGUAAUGCAGCCUGAGAAGUUCCAAUCCAAGUAUGAGCCCCGGAGCCACGUGAUGGACAUCCAGAGCUCCACGGAGGGGUCGGCCAUCAAGGACCACGUGCUGAAGCACACGCUGCCGCUGGUGGGUCACCGCAAGACCUCCAACGACGCCCGGCGGUACGCGCGGCGCCCUCUGGUGGUCGUCUACUACAGCGUGGACUUCGGCUUCGACUACCGAGCUGCCACCCAGUUUUGGCGGAGCAAAGUCCUGGAGGUGGCCAAGGACUUCCCCGAGUACACCUUCGCCGUGGCUGACGAGGACGACUUCGCCAUGGAGGUGAAGGACCUGGGGCUCAGUGAGAGCGGCGAGGACGUCAAUGCCGCCAUCCUGGAUGAGGGCGGGCGGAAGUUCGCCAUGGAGCCUGACGACUUUGACUCUGACACCCUCCGGGAGUUUGUCAGAGCUUUCAAAAAAGGAAAACUGAAGCCGGUUGUCAAAUCCCAGCCGGUGCCCAAGAACAACAAGGGGCCUGUCAAGGUCGUGGUGGGGAAGACUUUUGACUCCAUUGUGAUGGACCCCAAGAAGGACGUCCUCAUCGAAUUCUAUGCACCCUGGUGCGGGCACUGCAAGCAGCUGGAGCCCGAGUAUACCGCCCUCGGCAAGAAGUACAAGAACCACAAGAACCUGGUCAUCGCCAAGAUGGACGCCACUGCCAAUGACGUCACCAACGACCGCUACAAAGUUGAGGGGUUCCCUACCAUCUACUUCGCCCCCAGUGGGGACAAAAAGAACCCAAUUAAAUUUGAGGACGGAAACAGAGAUCUGGAACAUCUGAGCAAGUUUGUAGAAGAACAUGCCACAAAACUGAGCAGGACCAGGGAAGACCUUUGAAGGCCUCGCGUGAGGUCUCUGGUGGGCGGGAGGGACCAGACGCUGGAGCCCCCAGCAGCCGGUGUCCAGAGCCCGCAGUGAGCCGUGCACCUGGCGGGUCAGCGCGAGGGCAGGAUCUCUUUGGUUUUUUAAUUUUUUUUUUAUACUCUGGGGUUUCACCUCAUGUUCUGAAUACUGAAUAGGUAAGAAUGACUCCGUAGAUUAGUCCAGAUUUUUACAGAGGAUACAUUUAUUUUUAUCAUUAUUUGGGGUGUGAUUUUUUUUUUUUAACCUUUCAUUUUCUUUAAUAAUGUAUUUCUUCAAAACAGAUAAGUUGAAUUUCUUCUGUGUGAAUGUUUUUUUCUUUUAAUUUAAAAUUUAAGAAAACAUUUGCCAAAUCACAUUGAUUUUUUUUUUUUGGCCUUUUAUUUUACCAUUGUCGGAGGACUUACUCGCUGGAGAAGAUUUGACUGUCCAUGUGCUUUAGUUUGCAUUUUUUCCUGUACGGCACAAGGAACUGUCACCGAGCACUCUGCCAAGGAUGACAUUUCAGCCCGAACUCUGGGCCGCCACCCAGUCCUGAGAGAGGCAGCGUCUCUGCGCAGGACUGGGCGUCGCUGUGCCUUCUCCUUUCAAGCCAAGGACCGCGGGGCGAGGAGCGGCUCCCAGGUCCCCCAAACCCCGAGCCAGGUUCUAAGGCUCAGCCUUGGGCCAAGAGAGGCCCCUCACCUGGGAUAGGCAGCCCCACCUCUUCGGAAUCAGUAGUGCCUGAGGAGAGGUGAACUAGGGCGCAGGUGGAUGCUUUAGGGUGAUGGAAGAGAUAGGUUAGGCUGUUGUGAUGGAAUAAAACAAUUACUGAAAAUUAAGCUCCAUAACUGUUAGAGAACAUCUCCAUCCUGGAGCCUUGGCUGAGUUGAGGACCUGGGCUUGGCAGGGAGGGCUGGCAGUCCUGUGGGUGCACGUUGCCUCAGACACCUGACCAUCCAGGGGAUGGGCUGUCCUCCUGACCAAGGUGGAGGGCAUCGGAGGUCUCUGCUCCUGGUGUGUGGAGGUGAGCAGUGGCACAGUCCGGCGGGCUGCGGCAGGGCUGGAGGCUCUGGAGACUGCCCCGAGCACUCCGGGGGCCUGAGAGGAGGGGGUGGGGCCGGGUGGGAAGCUGGCACAGCCCCGACAGUGAGGUCCCGGGGACUCGUGGGUGACGGGAGCUUCGUUCCAGUGGUUCCGUUCACCAGCUCGUGUCGUCUCCACGUCCCCUCUCCGGGCGCUCACCUGCUCCCAGCUUGACUGAAACACAAGUGAGGAGGGUGAACAUUCUGGAGCUGGUGGCAGUUCCUUCAGCAGUAACGUGUGAUAAUCGCAGGGGCUGGCUGGGGGCAGGAAGCAGGUCUUGGGGGCAGCAGCUAGGCGAGCCUUUCCAGAGGAUCUGUUUUCCAGAUGAGUGAGGCCCAGGUGGACUGGGAGUUGUGGGAGGACGGUGGUUUGGUGAGUUCUCAGAGUGGCCAGUGUGACAGGAGGCCUGCACCCCCCACUAUGUCCUCCGGUGGGAGCACACGCGGGCCUUCCCUCAGGGACCCGAUGCCAGGAGACUUGGGAGUGAAGGUGGGUCUGGGGCGUGAAGGCCUUCAUCCGGCACCGCCAGGAGAGCAAAGUGGUGCCUUUCCUGGGGCUUCCGGUCGAGUUAGGGAGAUGUCAUACGGUCUACAAAGGCCCCGAGGAAGAGACCUGGGCUCUUGGAGUAGCACGUGGUGUCCUUUGAACUGAGGUGUCCAGAAAAGCCCUUC